AGUUUAUUCGGACCAUUAUCCGGAAAGAAGUGAUUCGGCUACAUCUCAAAGGAGGGUGUAUCUACGUAGAAAGGGGGCAUUACGUGAAUUAAUUAGACAUUUUCGCCAUCUGUACAUUGACAGUCAAAGCCCUUAUAGCUGAUUUAUUUUAUAUUUGGUGUUACUUACAACGAUUACAAGACAUACAGAGGGAACAGCCAUAGUAUGGCAAGCCGUUCUGGUGCCCAAAGACCAAAUGGGCAAGCACAAGGCAAAAUAUGUCAGUUUAAACUAGUACUUCUAGGAGAAUCUGCCGUAGGCAAGUCUAGCUUGGUUCUACGAUUUGUAAAAGGACAAUUCCAUGAAUACCAGGAAAGUACAAUUGGAGCUGCAUUUUUAACACAGACAGUCUGUUUAGAUGACACCACAGUAAAGUUCGAAAUCUGGGACACAGCUGGGCAGGAGAGAUAUCACAGUUUGGCACCAAUGUACUACAGAGGCGCACAGGCCGCCAUUGUUGUUUAUGACAUCACUAAUCAAGACACAUUUGGUCGGGCCAAGACAUGGGUGAAAGAGUUACAGAGACAAGCUAGUCCCAAUAUUGUUAUUGCUUUAGCAGGGAACAAGUCAGAUCUGGCCAACAAAAGAAUGGUAGAAUUCGAUGAAGCACAAGCGUAUGCUGAAGAAAACAGUUUAUUAUUUAUGGAAACAUCAGCUAAGACAGCCAUGAAUGUAAAUGAUAUAUUUUUGGCAAUAGCAAAGAAAUUACCUAAAAACGAGGCCGGUGGAGCAGGUCAACAGCGAGUUGGUGGAAAUAUAAACUUAAAUGGAACACAUGAUCGGUCAGAAGAAGGCGGCGGAUGCUGCAAGUAACAAGAACAAUGAUUGGUUGUUUUUAGAAAAUGUGAUUCGUACAUGUUAAAGUUCACUCAUUUUUAUUUUUCGAGCAUAGACCUAAAUGUGGACACCAAAAUGGAGUGGGCAAAGCUAGACAUUUUAGGAAUUACUGGAUCAUUCUAGAACCAUCUGGAUUAUAAAUACUGGUUUUAUCUGGAUCUUGAGUGAAUUUCCUAUCUGGGAAUAAUUCAUUUAUUUAUAUGUUACAUUUUAUAUCUGUAUACAUUUUAAAGGUUCAUUGUUUUUGUUUAAACACUAUCUAAAAUAAUAGUGGCAAGAUGUUUUGCUAUCCCAUGAUUCAAUUCUGUAUGUCUACAUGUCCUGCAUUCAGCCUCAGAAACUGUCUGUGUAUGCAUGUUAUUUAUAUAAACAGAAAGACAACAGUUUCAAAUGUUACAAAUUAAAUUUUAUUUCUUUUGAUUGGUUAAAAUUGCAUGGUGAAAUAAUCGCCAUUUGAUAUGUCUACCGUAAAAUAUCAAGAUCAAGAUUAUAUUGGACGUGUCACUGUACUAUAUCAAGAUCAAGAUUAUAUGGCUACAGAUUACAUGCAUUUACUUCAACAUAACAUUUAAUUAAAAUGGUCUAUGUGACAGAGCAGAAAUGUCAGAAUCUGAUAAAGAUUGAUCUUUGUCAAAUUUACACAGGUGGUAAGAAGCAGUUUGUAUAUCUGCCUAAAGUGUUCGAUGACCAGACAAUAAACGCUUCAACUAUAAAAUAAUUAGUGAUUGAUUUAUUUAGUGAAAAAUGAAUGUAAAUUUCCUCAUAUUUAUAAAUAUUAUCCAUUAAUUCCCCUGUACAUUAACAAAUUGAAAUUAUAAAAAGCUGUCAGAAUUUUAAUUUCUAAAAUCUUAUUUGUUACACUGAGUUCAAACUUUUAUGAAAAAGUUAGGUCAAAACAUGCAAAUUAUAUACUUUGAGUCUUUAAUAAGAGAAGAAAUAGAACUGCAGACAAGAUAAUUUUGCAUUGAAAUACAAAUUGCUUAAAUCUUUUUGUUUAUGAAAGAACCUUUACAGGAGUAGUACAAAAUUUGUGAAAAAUAUAAAUGAAAUGCCAAAAUCAUUUUUAUUUCUUAUUCUUAGCAUAAACUUAUAGCUAUAGUCCAGGUCAAGAAUCAUAAUUGAUAAACCUACAUCCAUUGUUACAGAUUUAAUGGUCGUGGGAAUAAUUGGCCAUCUUGUCUUUGUAAAGUCGUAUCGUGUGAUUUUAUAGAGAUAAAUGGGAAGGGUAGGAUGGGGCCAAUGUAGUUCAGCCAACAUUAAAUACACUCCAAUGUGCAAGUAGGUGGUAGAGCAUUUUUAUUUAGUAUUUAUUACAGCCACUGGUUAUCGAUUGUACUUUAUUUCUGAAGAAAAUCACAAAUUUCUAUUGUUAUUUACUUCUGUUUAAUUUACCUUAUACACUAAAAUUUGAAUUUCAUGUGUAGAUCUUUUUCUUCUUUAAAUGACUGAUUUACAAUAUUUGUAAAACGUUUAGAUGAUUGUUAGUGGUUCUUUUUUAACUUUUUUUUCGUUUAGAGGGCAAAUGGAAAUAAUGUACACAACCAAGGCACUUCUUUUAAAAUCUUUACACAAUUGGUGUGUAUUAUACUCCAGAAAAAUGUCAUAAUUGCAGAAUGCUCCACAAAAUAACCAUAUUUAUAGUAAAGAAAAAUGUACUAAUGAAAAUUCCUGUCUGAUUUGUUGAAAAUGAAAACAAUUUAUCAAUGUAAACAUGUAAAAAGAAAUUGUGUAUGACACGUGUACAUAAUCUUUAACUUUUUUGUACAGCAAGAGUUGUGUCCCUUAGUAAAACACACAGCAAACUAAUCAGGAUCUUUCAAGUGCUUGAAGGGUGUUAUUGUUUUCUUGUCCAGUUUUCCUAUAGCAAUAAGCUAUUUAAUUUCUGUAAAUGGAUAAAAUAGAUCUUGAAUAAAAUUUUGAAUUCAUCUUUAAAUGCAUUUAUUCUGUUUUCAACAGUUAUUAAUAUUGAUUCUUAUUUUAGUAAAACAAGAAUUGCCUUGUUAAAUUAUAAGCCCUUUUUUGCACUUUAUAGAAUUUUUGUCUUUACCACAAAUAAAGCAUUUGGAUGAUCCAGACUACAUACAUGGGUGGUAACUUGUCAUUAUAACAAAAUCUGACAACUUCUGCUGUACAGGUAAAGAGAAACCUUUUAGAAUUAAUAUAUUAUUGUUUUUGUCCAUUUUGAACAAAGUGUAAAUGAUAAGAAAAUGGUUGCUUGGAUGACGUGUGUAAAGUGAGGAAUAAAAAAGUUUUUUUAGUGAUUAAUGCAAGAUGUUUAAGUAGAUUGAUCUGUUACCUUGUAGAUAAUUUUUCCAUUGAAUUAAGAUACUUUAAAUUGCACAGGAAAAAAAGUAAAUAUGGGUUUUCAAAUUCUCAAAUGUGUUGUCCCUUCUUUUGUUUUAUAAACUUAAUAGGAAGUGUUUAUUUGUGAAGUAUUUGAAGUAACCAAAUUAUCUACAUUUGUUGUAUACAUUUAAUUACAUUUGCUGUUUGUUAUUUUCAUCUUGCAUUAAGAACAUAAAUAUCUUUUUGUUUGUUUGUUGUCAAUUAUGUAAACAAAAAUUGUGGUAUGAUGUUUUUGUGUAAUUUUUUUCUAUGGAAAUCAUACACAUAAGAAUGGUCUUUUCAUUCUUAUAAAUAAAUACUGUCUUCUUAAGUAGAAGGGACAAUCUGAGACUGCUCUUUGCAGAGGAUUAUUAUAACCCUUCAACAGCAGUUUAUUUUUCAUAAUGGUACUGUUUGUUAAUAUGUUGUGCUUGUGAAGAUUUGCAAAAAUAAGCCAUGUAAAAAAUGAUGUAAAUUUUCUUUGAGUACCCUCUGGAGUUUGUUGGUGAAUAACAAAUAAUUCUGCAUGCUAUUACACAGCAAUCAGAAUGUCAUUGCAUCCAGUUUUGUAAACAAAAUCUUAAAAAGAUGAAUUGAUAAGAUAUCAAUAAGUUAUAUGUUACAUGUAACAUACACUACGACUCCGGUGGAUAAUGUCUUUUUCACCUGGCCACUGUGGACAGUCCACUUCUAACAGGUCAAUUUAGCCAUAGAUUUCCUUAAAAAAUAUUUCAUUCAAAACACAAUUUUGUUCUUAUAUUAGUGUAAAUUCCUAUGAUGAAGACAAAAUGAUAGCAUUCCAAAUCUUUACACAAGGGUCAAAGGACUUUUUUGGAUGAUUCCCCUCUUUGUGUUUACUCCACUGUGUUAGGUAGAAAUGACAUGAUCCAUUUGGGUUGUAGUGUAUAUGAUUUCCAUUAGAAGAGAAUCAAGAUAACAGAUUUACCACAAUGAAUUAAUUGCAAUUUUUUUUUCUGUACAAUUUCAACAAUUGUGAUAUAUGCCUGUGUAAUAAAGAGACUAUAGAAACA